ACCCGACCGACCUGCUACGAUGUAGUCUUGCCUGUAUAAAACAACACUUGCGAAAAAGUCUUCUAGUUUUAAAGUGUAACUAGAAUAUAAAAUUGACUUAAAUAACAUUUAUUAAUAAAUUUGAUUUAAAAAAUAGUUACUUACGUUAUAUAGUUAUUGGAAAAUGAGACUAUAAUCUACAAUCAACUUAUUUUUCGACAGAAAAUUUAAUUGAGCAUGACAAAAACGAUAAUUUACUACUUCACUUCGGAAAAUUAUCAAACGUUUUAUUUUUAUUUUAUUACAGUUAAUAAAAAAAAAAUGUUCAAUAACGUAACAUAAAUAUUUCACAUAAAUAUAUAUAUAUAUAUUAUAUAUACAAAUUUAUUUAAUGUUUAAAAUGAUAGCAAUACUAUGAUAUAAUGCAUAAUAAAAAGAACUUUUAAAGAUCUCAUGACAAUAUUUGUCAAAUUUAAUAAAUCAAAUAGUUUUUCGCCUAUUUUGGAGCAAUAUUUAUUCAUAACUGUAAAUAAAAUUUAUUAAACUGUGAUAAAAUUGAAUUACAAUAAAAAGCUACCAAAUCUUCUUUGGAUUUUUAUUAUAAAAAUUAACUAAGAAAACGUGAUAUGAGUGAGGAUCGAUACUUUUGUCCACGACUUGUUGAUUAUAUUACAAUUGUUGGAGCUCAUCCUUUUUCAUUAAAACGAUCUACACUGUAUGAUUUACAAAAUAAUUCGAGCAUCGACCAAUAUAACAGUGAUUGUAACAAAAACACCAAUGGCAGUUUUUAUAUACAGAACCCUGAGGUACUACGAAGAUAUCCUUCAAAUGAUCAUGAAGACUUCAUUCUACCUGAAACUAUGUCAUUUUUCUGUCAACCAGAAGGUUGUACUUCCUUCCUAGAAAGUCGAUCAGAGUGCAACAAAGUAACAUCAUUUGUAUUUACACUUACAGAUAAAGAUACAACAAGGGUUCGUUAUGGAGUCUGCGUGAAUUUCUAUCGACGAAUUGAUCAAUAUUACCUACGUUUUAAUGAAAGCAAUAGAAGAACUAUAAACGAAUAUACAGAUAGAAAAUUGUCUGCAAAUGAUUACUCUUCAUUAUUUUUAAAAUGUAAUUCAACUAGUUCUUCCCUUUCUCAGUCACCUGAUGAUCCACCAGCUCAAUUCAAUGAUUUGGAAACAACUAAACCAAAAGAUGAUUUAUUCUCAUUAACUUCACUAUGCCUUUUAUCUCAUCAUCCGUUUUUUUCAAGUUUUAGAGAAUGUUUGUUUUAUUUAAAAAACAUUAUCGACUCUUGCAAUAAGAAAUUAUGCCUUCGUAAGAAAAUAAAAUAUAAUAGGAAAUAUUGUUUAUGGAAUAUAUUAACAGGAUUAACAAUUCAUAAUCAAUCUAAAAAAAUAAUGCAAUACAUCAAAGAAAUAGAGACUUGGAUUUUACGUUUAUUGAGUGUACCAGUACCAAUACCAAGCAAAACAAAAUUAGAAGUCUAUUUAUUUUCACAAAAUGAACGACGACCGCCUUUAGUAUUUUCUCUGCCCGAUCACACAAGAUUUUCACUUAUUGAUUUUCCACUUCAUUUACCUUUUGAAUUACUUGGAAUAGAUAUCUGUCUAGAAGUACUGACAAUAAUACUUCUAGAAAAUAAGGUUGUCUUUCAAUCAAGGGAUUACAACGCGCUAUCAAUGUCUAUUAUGGCUCUUAUAAGUCUGCUGUAUCCAUUACAAUACAUGUUUACUGUCAUUCCAUUAUUACCGAAUAGCUUGCAAAAAUCAGAAAUGCUCUUUGAAAGUCCAGUGCCUUAUGUUGUUGGUGUCCCAUGCAGUUUUUUUCAAACUAAAAAAAAUUUUAAAUUUCCUAAAGAUGUAUGGAUUGUCGAUUUGGAUUCAACAAAAAUUACUCCUCCAACUGCAAAUAUUCGAGAGGAAGUAACGAUUCCUGAAUUUCCGAGUAUUGAAGCAAAUAUACUAAAGAAUAAAUUAAAAAUUGCAUUAAGUGAACUGACUUUUAUGAAUAGUAAACCGACAAAUUAUUUCUUGGAUAAUGGCGUUACUGCUUCAUCACAUCCUGUUACAGAAAUUUUGAAACCUGACGAUAAUCAAUUUAAAGCAACGAACUACAAUAAUCAAAAGACUAAUUUUAGAGAUACAAACCUAGAUAAUAUUUCAUUUGAUAGAAGAAAUUCAUCUUCCGAUUUUCAAAAUACAAGUCGCAAUUCUAUUUAUAGUACUAAAGAUAUUGACUCCGUCGAUGUUGCGAUAAGAGUAGCCAUGGUACAAUUUUUAUUGUCUGGUGACAUGUUAGCUAAUUUAACUGAACAUUCGAGAACUUUAAGAUUAUAUCCACGACCUGUAGUUUUCUUUCAAAUUAAUUCGUUUUUAAAAAGUCGAACAAAUCCAUCAAAAUUUAUUUGUCAACUUGCUCGUACUCAAGCAGUUGAUUAUUUUGCUGAAUGGACAUUAACACCCAGCAAUGUAGUUUUUCAAAGAAUACAAACUGGUGUUGAAGACCCAACUAUGAUCGGGGACAAGUCAAAAUGGUACUCUAGUACACUUGAUACAAUUGCCUUCCAAGUAUGGCAAGUUAACUGUUCAAUUACAAAAGCUAUUAAUUCGAGUUUACGAUCUAGCAUUCCAUCUUAUACAUUAAACACUGUAGAAGAAAAGCAUCAGUCAUGUAACAGUGAUGAUAGUGAAUCAAAUAGUAGCAGCGAAGAAAAAUGUUUUGACCAUCGCCAAAAUAACGAUGUCUUAGAAAAAACAUUAAAAGACAAAGAAGAAAAAUAUAUUGGAUCAAUUAUAAAAGAUGUUAAUAUUAUAUACGAUCCACCGAUAGUUUUACACUUUGCAACAAAUCAUGAAGAUGAUGAUGAUGGUACAAUCGAAUCGGCUGGAAGUAAAUCGCUAGGUUCAUCACCAUCAAGUAGUCAUAGUGAUAUGAGCUCACCAAUGUUUAAACCAGAACCAAUAUUAAAUUCAAGUUCUCAAAUAACAUCAAAUUCUUCUGAUAAAAAACAAAGUACUAUAUCAAGUCCACCAUCAAUAAGGAAAGGAAGUUUAAGUACUUUACAUCAUCAGUUAAAAAGGCAAUCAAGCCAAAAUAGCUCAAUACUAGAGCAAUUUGCUAAUCAAGCUAAAGAACUUGUAAGGGAAACUGCCAGACAAAGUAGCCAAGAAGGUUCGGGAGGAAUAUUUGCUCAAGUUGCUGAUAAGUUGACAACUCAAGCUAAAAAAGCCGCAGGUGAAGCAACAAAAUCUGUUCACGAGGUUAGUAAAUCCGCAUUAGAAGCCAGUAAAAACGCAGCAGGAGUCAGUAAAAAUACUUUUGAUGACCUAACUUACGUAGGAAAAAGUACAAUUGGUGAUUUAACAAAAAGUGCUAAACAAGUCGCUUCAAAAAAAGGAUUUAAAGUUGGAAUACUUGGUGAAUCCAUUUCCAUCAAUCCAAGUUUUGACAAUGAUAUAAAUGACUCUUUAUCUGUAAGUAAGAACUCAAGUUCGAAAAUUUCGUCUGAAGUUGGUAAAAUGUCAAUUGCAUCAAUUGAAAGUAAUAAUAGCAAAGAUUUCUUUUCAAAUAUAACAAGUGACAUAAAUGGAUUUGCUACCCAAACUAGCAGCAUGUUCAGUGAUCUCUUUAGCACUAAAAUUCAGAAAAAUAACUCUGUUGCGUUCAAUAAAACAUCACUUACAUUACCUGUACCAAAAGAAAGGAAAGAACGUACAUCUUUUGGACCAUUUCCUAAUAAAGUUGGGCGGAACGGUUUGGUGGAAAAAUCAAAAUUAAUCAAACAUUCAAAUCCUAAAACACCCAAUGACUCUUCGAAAAUUCAAAAUAAAAAAAUUAUGAAAGUCAAUAGUCACAUAGAUAAUGAAUCGUUUUUAAAAGAUGUCACAAAACAAAUACUUGAUGGAGAUGGUAUUGGGUGGCUAAAGUUAAACAGAUUUAAAAAACUAAUGGAAGAAGAGGGAUACCGAAAUUUAGUUGUCAGCAAAUUAAAUCGAACUUUAGACAAUAAAAUAAGUCCAUGUGAUCACAUCGAUGAUGUGAAUAUCAGUCGAGGAGUUUAUAAAGGAAUGUUAAAAGGACUAUUAGCGAUAAUUCAUGGAUUAGAAGUAUCAUUUGCUAACCAAUGUGGUGGAGGAUUAGCAUCCGCUUUCCAAGUAUUAGAAAUUGCACAUACACAUUAUUGGUCUAAAGAUUUGUCGGUAUCAGGUUUUGAAUCACAAUCAUCUAGCCCGUAUGGUAGCAGAGAAAACAUUCAGUCGCCUCCAUUGAGUCCUAGUGCCUUAAGUUCCCCUGUUUCUAACAUAAACAUAGAAUCUAGAAAAUCUUCACAAACAAGUACAUCUGAAUUAAUUGAAAGUAAAAGUGGUGGAAAAUUGAUACACGAAACUUCUAUUAUUAAUGAUAAUCUAGGGUCAACUACAAUAUCAACCAACGAAAUUUUUGAAGAUAUUAUUUGUAAAAGUCAAGAGAUAACUUCAAGUAAUAGCCCGACAAUCGACGAAGGAGAUUCGACUACUAUUAUAUCAUCCGCAGCAUCUGAUAUAUCGAGUUGUAGUGGUAGCGCAACAGUCGUGAACAAUCCAUCUUUUUACUUAAAGAGAAUUUCAUCCAAUAACAGUAAUAGAAACAAUACUACAUUAUUUAGAAGUGCUGUAUCUGAUAGUGAACUUGACAAUACAGGAUUGUUCAAAACAAUAAAUAAAAAUCGCAACCCAAGUAUUUGGUCAAGCAAAUCUUCAUUAAGUGCUGGUUUCAGAUAUCCAGGCGGAAAUUUGAUGAAUCCAACUUCAGGAUCACCUAGCCCAGAUUCAGGACGAACAUAUUUAUUUGAAGGUAUAUUGGGUAAAGAAAGAAGUAUGAUUUGGAAUCAACUGAAAUUUUGGGAAGAUGUGUUUAUAGACGCAGUCAGUCAAGAAAGAGAUAUGAUAGGAAUGGAUCAGGGCCCAAUUGAAAUGAUGGAAAGGUACAAAAACUUGAGUCAAAGUGAAAAAAAACGACUUGAAUAUGAUGAAGAUAAACUUUUGUCAGUUAUGAUACACAACUUAAUUGGAUUUAUGAUAAUGAUGUGUGUGCCCAAAGAAAAUUUAAUGAAAAUAGUAAGAACAUUAGUGGGGAAAAGUCGAAUAACCAAUUGCUAUGCAUCUGAAAUCACAGGACUGAUGUCUCAACUGUCAAAUUUGCAUGGGAAUGACAUCGACUUAAAACCGUCAAACUCAAGACAAGCUCACAGACAAAGUUUUGCUGUUCAUUGUGGAGACUCUUCCGGAGAGCUUCUGUUUUUAGAAGUAAGAGACGAUGGUCUAGUUUUACGAUCAGUGUCAGGGGUUAUAAUAAGCCGUUGGUGGUAUGAACGCAUAGUAAACAUGACCUACAGCCCGAGAAGCAAAAUAUUUUGUUUAUGGCGGACAGCUAAUGGUGGACAUUUACAGCUGAACAAAUAUUAUACAAAAAAAUGCAAAGAUUUAUACUCUAGAAUUAAAAUUUCAAUGGAAAAGGCUGCUGAGAGAGGACAAGGUAUUAUACCUGGUGUAGAGUUAGGUGGAGAAUUUCCAGUAAAAGACAUGGCUACUGGAGAAGGAGGAAUUCUUCAAGUAUGCAUGGAAGGUGUAGGACUGUUAUUCGCAGAUAGUAAGGACUUUGAGUUUUUUGUACGACUAGAGCAUGUCAGGAAAUGUUUUACUAUUCAGAAAAAGAUUUUUGUUUUAGAAGAAUAUAAUCCUAAGCAAAAACAUAUUAUUCAAAGACAAUACGAAUCACCAAUGGCUGGCCAAAUAUGCUAUGCUGUACUAUGCGUGUUUUCAUAUAUUGCUGCUGGCCAUAAACGGUCAACUGAAACAAGCAAAUCAGCAAUAACGCCACAGUUGUCCAUAGCAGCUGAUUCAAGUAGCAGUAAAAGUUAGACGAUGCUCAUUGCAUACAAAUUAUUAUGCUUACUAUUUUUUAUCAUGUCAAUAAAAAUAAUAAAGUGCAAAUAAUCAUUAAACAUGUAAAAUUUAUAA